ACAAGCAGCAAGCAGCAAAACAGACUAAGUUAUCUCGAUAGUUGGUGUCAGUUAGCGAGUCAGUAGCAUAGUGUCGUUAAACGUCGGCAUACCAGCUCCAUCGCAGUCAGCCAACUUCACAACUCUCUUGUUUCCAUUGCCUGUAUCUUCAUCGUGAAUCAAGAAAUGGAGAGCGUCACCCCUUCGUCCAUCUUUGAAUCUCAGGUAAGUGGCUAAGGCUAACCUCGAAAACACCGAGGGAGAACCCAGAGAACGUUAUUUGUAAUAUUAGCCAGCUAACAGCGUACCGGCCAUCAGUUUUAUUUAUCAACGCCAACGUUAUGGACAGUAAAUUGUGCUAGACAAUACUGUCGAGUCUGUAGAAGUAGCAAUAAUAAGAUUCAUUAUUCAAAUUAGUCUGCAUUAACGUUUAACCCAGCAACCUGUUAAACAACAGGCUAGCUUGUGGUGUCAUAGCCAGUGUUAGGUAGCAAAUAUAGCAUGUGGUGUGAACUCGACUUAAAUGUUUUGUGCGUGUGUUCGAAAUGUCCUACUGAUUAAUACAUACUGCAUACUGGACAAGUCUAUACUAUGUACUACACACUACGCCUUACUUAGGUAAAUAUACAGUGUAGUAGGCAAGUAUAACACCUAUCAUUUAGUAUACUUCAGUCACAUGACCAAAACAUUCUAAAAGGUAACGGUCAGGUAUUUAGCAGGUCAGGUAUUCAACCACUGCACCAGAGCUUUUACCUCAGUGGUGUUAUCAAAAGGAAAGCCUUGUUGAAUUUAAUGUAAUACUUUAUAAUUUCUCCAUUUUUGCAAGUUCCAGUUUUAAACAAAAAAUCCCUAUGAGGGGUUUUGGAAAAUUGACAAAAUAAUGCCCAUGGUAGAUAAAUAACUGUUUGAGAGACCCUGCAUUUGAUUCUGUUCAAUAAAUGUGUGUGUAUGUAAUCUCUGUACAGACUGUAGACCCAUUUUAUCUCUUAAGAUAUAUAAUCAGAUGUUUUAGGUGGUAGAGCUGUAACGCUAAGUUUCAUAAGAAACUGCAUGGUGUGAAUUAUGAGUUGUCUGUAACCUUGGAUACCACUCUAGGGUCCCACAUACUGCUUGAGGCAAGUGACACCAUGUAGUCCUUUUUAUUUAAAUUUUUAUUUUUUGCUUUAGCAUAUUGGUAGCAAGAUCUUAUAGACAACAGUUACAAAAGACUGACUGAUGAGUACAUUUUAACUCCCAACAGUUUUCUUAGAUUUUCUGCAGGCGUUGUUUUGCACACCACUUAUUUGCUCUGAUUGUGUGAAAACCCACUCAUUUUGCCAGGAAGUGUUAAAAUUCUAACACUUAAAAACUACAAACUUUGCAUCGACUUGCAUACUCUAUGCAGUAUUGAGUUUCGAACACAGCAAUUGGCUUCUGAUCACUGCGGUUCUUUUGGACUGUUUGCAGUCAAGGUCAUUAAUGCUUUAACAGUUAGCUUGCUAACUAGUCUAUUUAGCCACUGUAACUUGCUUGCUCACCAGGCUCUGUCAAUAUGUGCAUCAUCUAACGUUAGUAGUAGACUAGUCAGUCCAGUCAGCAACCUCAGUUAAGCCCGCUAUUGCUAAUUGUGUUAGCCCACCACAGAAGCAGCACAUUUUACUAUAAAGGUAUAUAACACUCACAAUACAGUAUACGUUGUAAUAUAGUUUGACAUUGUUUGUUGAUACAAUACAUGCAGAUGUUAAUUUGAUCAUUGUUAACUAGCUUAGCUAGCAAAGAUAUUCAAUGUAACAUUACUAAUGUUAUAUUAUUGCGCCAUUUUCUGUUCACUGCUGCAAACAACAAUAUUUACUGGUAGAUUUCAGUCAGUGCAUCAGUUGGCUCAUCUGUAAUGUGGAGUUACUUGGAUCGACGAUGGAUCGUCCUCUGGGCAUGCUUGAUUUGUCUGCCCAGGCAUAACGUUAUGAAUACACGUUUCUAAAAUUGUAUUCUUGUUCAUUUGUUGGUGCUGUUCAACAUGUAAUUACAUCGUGCACAUCGGUUGAUUGUCUUUGUUCCAGGGAUUCAGUCCAACUUCUAGAAGACAGCGUACAGUCGAAGACUUCAACAAGUUUUGUACUUUUGUGCUGGCCUAUGCUGGGUACAUUCCUUACCCACAAGAGAGAUGGUGGUGGCACCUCAGGCAGUCGCUGCCUGUGUUCCCCCCCAGCUGCCCCGCCACUGCUCAUCCUCCUCCUCCUCAUCUUCCUCCUCUGCGACCCGGAGGGCCCCCCUAAACCAAACCCUCAGUCCUCGGGAGGCCUCCCUAAGGAGCAGCUCCAGCCCGCCCAACAGCACCGGCAGCACAGCUGACAGCGACGGCUGGGACUCGCAACGCCUCAGCAGCUCUUUCCCCUCCUCAAGCCUUGCCCAGCCCUGCCCGUCCAGUGGCCGCAGGAGCUUUGGAGGUUUCAAGCGUGGACCAGAGACCAGAGUUCAAGAUGGCUCCCAGCUCCGCAAGCGCCCCAAGUCGGCCGGCCUGCUCCUGGAGAGCCGGAGGAAGACGGACACGCUGCUGAAGAAGAAAAAGCAGAAGAAGAAGAAGCUGAGGAAGAGUCUGGGUGACGACAAGCCAAGCGGUGUGGGAGAGGCGGUCCGCUCUCCAUCUAAGCUCACGCUGAGCUUUGAACAAGCCAUCAAAGAGGAGCCAGAGGAUUAUCUCUGUUUCCCCAUACCCACUGCCUCGCCUGCACAUACUCAGUCACCAGACCACCAGCUAAGUGGCAGUCCAUCUCCGCGCAAGAAAGACCUUUUUGUCUGCAAGCAGGAGCCAGACUCUGCUCAGUGCUCUCCAUCCUCAGACAGGAAGGAGAGUCCAGAAGUAGACGCCAGGUCCAGGUUCUCCGAUGGGGAGGCAGCGGUGGUGAAGUUGGAGGGGCUCCCUGGAACCAGGUCUGUGUUUCGUAAGGGGAAGCAGGUAGUCUUCCGGGACGAGGAUGGCUCAGAUGAUGACGAGGACAUAAUGGUGGACUCAGAUGAUGACUCGUGGGAUCUGGUUACAUGCUUCUGCAUGAAGCCUUUUGCUGGGCGGGCCAUGAUCGAGUGCAACCACUGCAACACCUGGAUCCACCUGUCCUGUGCCAAGAUCCGCAAGACCAACGUGCCCGAGUCGUACAUCUGCCAGUGCUGCAAAGACACCCAGUUUGACAUACGGCGCUCCAACCGAUCGCGGGUGGGCUCCAGGAAGCACCUGUUGGACUGAAGCCCUUCCUGCCCUUUGACACAGACUCUAGUCUCACUGUUGCCCCUGUUCAUAAGCCCUGUAUGUGAACAGCCCCCCCCCCCCCCCCCCCCCUCAAACCUGCACACUAACUCAGCCCAACUUCACUGUCUUUUUGUGCAGAGCAGUGCAGAGAAGGGGACAAGACCACUUGUGACACACACCCCCCAUGUCACACUCAGCAUGAGCGAGGAGUACGAUCUCUGCAUGACACAAUUUAGAGGUACACUCUUUAAAGGGGAAAUGGUACCGUGCUGAAAAGUAGGGCUUACUAGGACAUGGAUCAGGCACAGUGGGAUGCUGGCAGAGACUUGCACUUUUAAAAUAGUUUCAGUAGGGUUUGCCAACCGUUAUUGGAAUUAAGAGAUGGAAAGGUAUAUACGACACAAAAAUCUUCUAUAGAUAUCCUGAAACAAAAGUUUUUCUUUUUGAUUGUUUGUUCUGCUGCCCUUGGUGCGUAUCCUGUAUUUUUGCUGUUCCUCUUGAAAGCUAUUUUAUUUCUAGGUUUUGACAUUACUCAUUUUUUGUUUAAAUAUGUUGUUUUUGUAAUGUAUCUAUAAAUGUUCAAAAGCAUCAAGUGGUUUCAUUCAGGUGUUCAAGAGUCCUGAAAUGGUUUUGAUUUUUUUUUGUUUGUUUGUGUGAAGUACUUUAUAUGCUGAAGAUGGUCAUUUGUUUCCCACAAAAGGUAAUGAUAGCUUCAGCGUUAGAUGUGGGAUUCUGUGUCUGCUUGUCUUAAACACUUUUUGUUAAGUUCUACUCAGCCUUUUGUUAAGUAUUCAAAUGUUUAGUGUUGACUAAAUACAGUAUCCAAAUGAUGUUGUGUAAUGAGAGAUUGCCAGGUUCAUUGGUGCUCUAAUGGAAAUUAAGUUUGUUGUAGAUUUGAGAUUCUUCCUUUAAAACUGUUGAAAUGGUGUCUGACGACCGAAGUUAAUUGAUAUUGGUGGUUCAGACUGGCGGAUGUGAAAGUGUGAUUCAAUUUUUGAAACCGCUCUUACUGCCCAUGUUGUCAUGCACACUGUAAAUAGUACUCUUAUGCCAAAGUGAUCUUUCAACAGGAACCCAAUGACCGUCAUUUAAUUAUGUGGGUUGGUGUUUUCUAACUAUUGAUAUUACUGUUAGCAGAAUUUCGGGUGGUGGCUUUUGUUGUCAUUUGCACCGAGAACAUGUGUGUUUCCGUCAAGUAUCUCCAUCAUUGAAAAGUUCUGGGAAGUUGUUUUUAGACCUUUUUUGAACUGUUGUUUUUUUUCCCUUGUUUCCAGUUGUUGCACUGAUUGAACAGUCCUUUCAUCUAACGACAGGUGCCUCGGUCAUUUGGUGAAUAAUGGUUGUACUUACCAUCAUAUUUCAAGAAACAAACAGAAAGAGAUCAUUCUUAACUUUUGGAAAGUAUUUUACUUAGUCAACAUAGUCUUACAUUGUCAUUUAUGAAGACUGUCAUUUCCAGAGAGUUGGGAAAUGGGCAAUUGUGUUGUAUUUGCCACAGAAGCUCAAACACCACAGAAAGUCAUCAGUGUUGAUACAAACUUGGUCAUAUUUUUUUUUAAGCUUUAAAUCGGCAUCAGGUGUGUUUUUCUUUUUGGAGGAGACAAGCUGUAAUCACUCAUUCAUAUGGUGUUUUAAAUGGCAAACUCUGCGUAUAUAUCCCUUUUAAUGGUAUGCGUAUGCUAGAACUUAAGCAAUGUACAGUUUCCAUGCAGCAAGUAAUGGUCACAGUGAUUUAACAAGUUCAGACACAGGGCUUUGGGCUCAAAGUUAGUUUUCCUUUUUGUUUGGUGUGGUGCGUGCUUUAUUCCUACCCUCCAGUCGAUCUGCAGUUUUUUUUUUGGAAAGGUUGGGUUCUUGCCUGGGGUUCCCACAGUUGGGAGGGGGAGCGUUGGGAACAUGUCAGUGAUGGAAGCUGUUUCUGUGAAACUCUACUGUUAUAAAGCAAAGCUCUUGAUUUGAAAUGCUGAGAUAAAAAGAUGUGGGGCCCAAAAGCCCUCUUAUGGAUAUA